UAAAAUAGUCCUUAUCCAGGCUUUUAUUUAGGGAAUCCCAAGAAGACCGGAGAAUGAAGAGACAGCAAAGGUUUAUGUCAGAAAAGGAUGGGUAUCAGUUUCAACAUCAGGGAGCAGUGGAGCUGCUUGUCUUUAAUUUUUUGCUCAUCCUUACCAUUUUGACAAUCUGGUUAUUUAAAAAUCAUCGAUUCCGCUUCUUGCAUGAAACUGGAGGAGCGAUGGUGUACGGUCUCAUAAUGGGAUUAAUUUUACGAUAUGCUACAGCGCCAACUGAUAUUGAAAGUGGAACUGUCUAUGAUUGUGGCAAACUGACCUUCAGUCCAUCAACUCUGCUGGUUAAUAUCACUGAUCAAGUUUAUGAGUAUAAAUACAAGAGAGAAAUAAGCCAGCACAACAUCAGUCCUCACCAAGGCAAUGCUAUACUUGAAAAGAUGACUUUCAGGGGAAAGGAUCCUGAAAUCUACUUCUCAUUGCUUCUCUGCCCUGUCUUAAUUGCUGGCUAUUUUAUACUCAAAUUUAGACACUUUUUUCAAAACUUAGGAUCUAUUUUAACAUAUGCCUUCUUGGGAACUGCCAUCUCCUGUGUUGUCAUAGGGUUAAUUACGUAUGGUUUUGUGAAGGCUAUGAUACAUGGUGGCCAGUUGAAAAAUGGAGACUUUCAUUUCACUGACUGUUUAUUUUUUGGUUCUCUGAUGUCUGCUACAGAUCCAGUGACGGUGCUGGCUAUUUUCCAUGAACUGCACGUCGACCCUGACCUGUACACACUCUUGUUUGGGGAGAGUGUGCUGAACGAUGCAGUGGCCAUAGUCCUUACAUAUUCUAUAUCCAUUUACAGUCCCAAGGAGAAUCCAAAUACAUUUGAUGCUGCAGCAUUCUUCCAGUCCGUGGGGAAUUUCCUGGGGAUCUUUGCUGGCUCAUUUGCAAUGGGAUCUGCGUAUGCAGUUAUCACAGCACUGCUGACCAAAUUUACCAAGCUGUGCGAAUUCCCAAUGCUGGAAACAGGCCUGUUCUUCCUGCUUUCUUGGAGUGCCUUCCUGUCUGCCGAGGCCGCCGGCCUAACAGGAAUAGUUGCUGUUCUCUUCUGUGGAGUCACACAGGCACAUUAUACUUACAACAAUCUGUCGUCAGAUUCCAAAUUGAGGACUAAACAGUUGUUUGAAUUUAUGAACUUUUUGGCUGAGAAUGUCAUCUUCUGUUACAUGGGCCUGGCACUGUUCACGUUCCAGAAUCAUAUCUUUAAUGCACUUUUUAUACUUGGAGCCUUUCUAGCAAUUUUUGUUGCCAGAGCCUGCAACAUAUAUCCUCUCUCCUUCCUCCUGAAUCUGGGCCGAAAACAGAAGAUCCCCUGGAACUUUCAGCACAUGAUGAUGUUUUCAGGUUUGCGAGGAGCGAUCGCAUUUGCCUUGGCAAUUCGGAACACAGAAUCUCAGCCCAAACAGAUGAUGUUUACCACCACGCUGCUCCUCGUGUUCUUCACCGUCUGGGUGUUUGGAGGAGGAACGACCCCCAUGCUGACCUGGCUCCAGAUCAGAGUUGGUGUGGACCUGGAUGAAAAUCUGAAGGAGGAGCCCUCUUUACCCCAGGUAAGUCAAAGAAGCCAAUCAAAUAAUUUGGAUAAAGGCACAACAAAAACAGACAGCGCUCGGCUCUUCAGGAUGUGGUAUGGCUUUGACCACAAAUACCUGAAACCGAUUUUAACCCACUCCGGUCCUCCACUGACCACAACGUUACCUGAAUGGUGUGGUCCAAUUUCCAGGCUACUCACUAGUCCUCAGGCCUAUGGGGAAGAGCUAAAAGGGGAUGAUGUGGAAUGCAUUGUCAACCAGGACGAACUGGCCGCGAAUUACCAGGAGCAAGCCCCCUCACCCUGCAGUCCUCCUGCAAGGCUGGGUCUGGACCAGAAAGCUUCACCCCAGGCUCCCAGCAAGGAAAACAUUUACGAGGGAGACCUUGGCCUAGGAGGCUAUGAACUCAAGCUUGAGCAAACUCCGGGUCAAUCCCAGUUGAAUUAAUUGGCACGAAGAGUGCAGAUGUAAUCACAAGUAAUACAAGGCUCACUAAGGAGCAUAAGCCAAGCUGAUGAGGCAGUGUAGGGGAGAGGCUGGAAAUGUAUUAAGAGCAUAAAUUGGAGAGAAUCAAAGCCUCGUCUCAUAUAUCUUCU